AGAGAGAGUCAGUGUAAAACUGAACUUUUUUCCAAAAGUAACCAUGUCACUCCCCUUUAGUAUUCAAGAUAAACCCCCAUUUUCAGAGAUCCAGACAUCACCAGACCAAAUCAAAUUAUUUUAUUUCAAACUAACUCAAGUCACUGUCAACAUAUGUCUCAGGGGCACUUUGAGGGCCAGCACUUCUAGAAGCCUGAAACACAUCUGUGACAACAGCACAGCAGUAUUAGAGUCAUUUGAGAGUGAGGGAGUGAUUCAGGCCAGUCUGACUGGAGCUCCUCGGGAUCUGACUGCAGCUCUGGGACUCUGCCACAGACAUGCACUGAGACCAGACCUGCUCUAACCUGGAUGGAUCACAGACCAAAGAGGCUGCAGAGUAACUUAUCUCCACCAAAGUUGGAUGUCUUGCUUUGAGGGUUUGCUGCGAAGUGCCAUUGACUUGUGCAAAGCUGCAGUUACCAAACUGGAAUAAUGUCCAUGGACUGGCGUGGAGGUGACAGGCUGCUUAUAAGCUUGUUUCUGAUGCUUAUCCUGAGGCUCAGCUGCUGUGCUGGACAGAGCUAUGAACGCUGGGAGGCUGGGUCCUCGUGCUAUGGAGGUUUUGACCUCUAUUUUGUGCUGGACAAGUCUGGAAGUGUACAGCACCACUGGAACGAGAUCUACUACUUUGUUGAUCACCUUGCGCAUAAAUUCAUCAGCCCCCAGCUCCGCAUGUCCUUCAUAGUCUUUUCAACGGAGGGAAGGAUCCUGAUGAAACUUACAGAAGACAGGGAUCAGAUUCGUGCUGGGCUGGAGGAACUUCAGCGUGUUUUACCAGGUGGAGAUACCUUCAUGCACAAAGGCUUUCAGAGGGCAAGUGAGCAGAUCUACUAUGGAACAGGUGACGGAUACCGCACAGCGAGUGUCAUCAUUGCUCUGACAGAUGGAGAAUUGCGCGAGAAUGAAUUUGACUUGGCAGCCAGAGAGGCCGGUCGCUCACGUCAGCUGGGAGCUUCUGUGUACUGUGUUGGAGUGAAGGACUUUAAUGAAACCCAGCUGGCAACAAUAGCCGACAGCAAAGAUCACGUCUUUCCUGUUAAUGACGGCUUUGAAGCACUGCAAGGUGUCAUUGAUUCAAUAUUGAAGAGAUCCUGUAUAGAGAUCCUUGCCGUGGAGCCCUCGAGUAUUUGUGCAGGAGAAUCCUUUGAGGUGGUGAUUCGAGGGAACGGAUUCCUUCACGCCCGCGAUGUGAGCAGAAUCCUUUGCAGCUUCCGUAUCAACAACACCCUCACCGUGAUGAAGAGGCCUCUGGUAGUCGAAGACACGUACCUGCUCUGCCCAGCGCCUGUACUGAAGGAGGAGGGAACGUCUGCCUCCCUCCAUGUCAGUAUGAACAACGGCCUGAGUUUUAUCUCCAGUUCUGUGACCAUCACGACUGUCAGCUGUGUGAGUACAGUAACCCUGCUGGGCAGCAGUGUCAAGCCCACUACCACUGUUACACUGGGCAGAGCCACUCCCAGUACCACUACACUGGGCAGUACCUCUAGUUCAGCUCCAUCUUCAGUCUGCCCUCUGAACACAACCGACGGAACGUUCUUGGCCAUAGCACUGCUGAUACUGCUGCUGCUGAUCGCUAUGGCGACACUCUGGUGGUUUUGGCCCCUCUGUUGCACCGUGAUCGUCCAUGAGCCACCGCCGCCACCCGUGAUGGACGACAGUUCGGAUGAAGAGGAUGAAGGCUACCCAAAGAAGAAGUGGCCAACAGUGGAUGCAUCGUACUACGGUGGAAGAGGAGUUGGUGGCAUCAAAAGGAUGGAAGUGCGCUGGGGAGAUAAGGGAUCCACUGAAGAAGGAGCCAAACUGGAGAAAGCCAAGAAUGCACGGGUGAAGAUGCCUGAGCAAGAGUUUGAGUUUCCGACCACACGGACCCUAAACAACGGCAUGCGAAAGCCCAUCUACCCUCAGAAGUGGUACUCGCCAAUCAAGGGGAAAUUGGAUGCCCUGUGGGUGUGGCUUAGGAGAGGGUAUGACCGUGUAUCCGUGAUGAGACCACAACCUGGAGAGAAGGGCCGCUGUAUGAAAUUUACCCGUGUGAAAUCCUGCCCACCUCCUCGAUACCCGCUUUACAACAACCCCUCGAGCCACAUCUACAGCCUCCCCCAUAGCAGAUGCCCUCCUGUCCCACAGGGCACCCUGCCACCCACCCCACGCUGCUCCGCCCACUCUCCAACCUCUACCCUGCCCCCUUUGCCAUCAACCCCGCCCCCAACAUCCAUAACUCCUCCUCCUUACACACCACCUCCAAUCAGAGCUCUUCCUCCUACCUGUCUGAGCAUCAGUGUGACUCUGCCUCCUUCUCCUCCCACACCGCCACCACCAACAAGCUUCUUACCGCCCCCAUCAACCAGCACCAUGCCUCCGCCCCCUCAGGCAGCGCCACCAGGACGAGCCCCGCCUCCUUCUCGUCCACCUCCACGCCCAGGCCCUGAAGAACCGCAGUUCUACCAGGACUGAGUAGAUCUAAGAAAUUUGCACAAGAAAAACUGCUGGUUAUGCUGGUGCACAAAUUAAGACCUACAUUUUCCAGGCAUGAUUUUUACAAAUGGCAAUGGCUGUACAGAUGGCAGUGACUGUAUUGCACACUUCAUUCUGAUUGGUUGACAAACAUUCGAAGGUGUUAAUUUUCUAAAACUGCACAUCUAUGAAGUAGUUCUAGGUUUGCUGACUUUCAGUAUCACCUUGCCAUGUUCUUGCCAUGUUCUGAAUUGUUUUGUUUCAAAUUAACAGAACAUCAAUUAGAAUCACAACAAAAAGACCAGAAAGAGAAACUGACGAAGUAAAUCGGAUACAAAUUAUAAAUAUUUGAAAAAACAGAAAAACUGAUGAUAGACCAUUACAUAAUUGAUGACUAAUGUGUUGACAAUUUGGCAGUCUGUUGACAAUUAUUCUUUGGUAAAAAGUAGCCAUAUUUUAAUGCCUACUGUCUUUGUUAGUAAAAAUGAUUUUGUAAAUUAUUCACAUUGUAUCAUUAUUAGCAUCUUAAAUAGCUUUGCAGAUACAUUAGAAAAGGUCGGAAGAGAAGCAUCAGUAUUACAGAUCCUGUUGUACUUGAGAGAUCAUGUUCAGCCUAGAUGCCUUUUGAAUAGGACAGGAAAACAUCUGCAGGAUAAAAUAUUCAAGUGACUUCAAAAAUAGAAGGGAACACUGACAAAAACUGAACCAGACAAAAAUUAACAUGUUGGAGCCAUACAUUUCCCAGGGAAUUUCCAAUGGGAGUUCAGAAGAGCAGUUUUGGAUUCAAGUAAAAUAUGAUCAGUGUUAACAAUAUUUGAAGAGACUUUUCACAUUCUACAAGAUAAAUUACACAGUCAUACCUCAAUUUUGAGAUUUUGGGGUAUUUUUACUUACAUUCACCAAACUUUUGUUUUAUUCAAAUCUAUAUUCUGAAGGUUUUUACAGAUCCUAUAUCAUCGGUCUGAUUUAUAUGACAUUUUAUUCCUAAAAACGCGGUGAAAAUGUUUUUUUUUUUUUUUCUGGCUGUUGACAGUUUUUCUGAUUUAUUGAAUGAUAAAAAGAGAUUUCUAAAAUACCCUCAGUAAAAGCCUUUAAUAUGUCAACUAAACGAAACAAGAAUUUUGAAUUUUUAAAUCUAAUGCUCAGAUUUCUGUUCAGGAAAUGUAUGCAAAUAAGUGCAUAAUUAAUUAGAUAGUAGCUUAUUUGUAAUACAAACAAUUCUCUUAUUGUACUGUGAUUAAUCAACUGGGGAAGUAUGCUGAUAUCUGUUGGUUAAACAGUUUUACCCUAUUCAAUGUGUUAGUUCACCCCAAAAUUAAAAUUCUGUCAUUAAGUACUCUCCCUCAUGUCGCUCCAAACCUGUAAGACCUUUGUUCAUCUUUGGAACACAAAUUAAGAUAUUUUUGAUGAAAUCCGUGGGCUAUCUGGCCUCCGAUAGACUGCAACAUUAUUCCCAUUUUCAAGGCUCAGAAAGACAUUAUUAAAACAGUCCACGUGACUACAGUGGUUCAACCUUAAAGGAUUAGUUCACUUUGAAAUGAAAAUUACCCCAAGCUUUACUCACCCUCAAGCCAUCCUAGGUGC